AACAGAUACACAGAGGACAUAUACUCAUUACAUAUAUAUUCUUUCUCCACACCAUAUAAAUUAGUCGUAUACCUAUUUUUGUCUUGUAACCCCUCGAUUCUAGGUGUAGAAAAUAAGCAUAUCUUAAAUCUGGGUUUCAAUCAUUUCGGCGAAUUUGUUAAAAAAAAUUUAGCGUGAUUUGUCAGACAGCUCGGCGAGGUCGCGCAAGUCUUCGAAAUACAGGUUUUCAGGUUAUUAGACACAUUUCUGAUAUACUUAUUCACAGGGUUCGUUCUUUUGGCGUGUUGAACCACGUGGAUCAAUGAAGCAACCAUGAGGUGCUAUACGAGAAGAAUUCCCUCAAUAAUGUGGCCUGUUCCAUGAUUAAGGCACGGCAUGGCUUUUUGCAUUGUUUGAGGCAGCAAAGACAGCAUAGAUGUGUUUUUCAUUCUAAUAUAGUUGCUUUGGAGAAAAUUACUUGCACUACUUGAAAGUAGUGGUUGUUCCCUAUCUUUAACGACUUUGGUCUUUUCUACAAAAGCUGUUACUUUCAAAUGGGCCUUAUUAGGAGCGGUGUGAAAGUUUCUAGGAAUAGCAGCCAUUCGCAAACUCAGUCCAGCUCAUCCACUGAUGAUGAGCUUCAUUUGAAAGAAAACCAUCCAUAUCAAGAUGAUUCUGGGGCUGACUCAGAUACUACAGAUGAAUCAGAUGUUGCAGAAGUAGGAGCUGAGUUAUGUAUGGUUGGAGACCAGACAUGUUCAGUACCCUACGAACUUUUUGACUUGCCUGACCUAAAGCAGAUAUUAUCUUUGGAUACAUGGAAUAAUGUCUUGACGGAGGAGGAGAGGUACAAUCUUACAGCCUAUCUUCCUGAUAUGGAUCAGCAAUCGUUCAAUCUAACAUUAAAGCAACUUCUUGGAGGAGAAGUAUUACAUUUUAAUAGUUCCAUGACUGAACUAUUCAAUAGAUUGAAAGGUGGGUUAUGCUCGCCCAAAGUGGCUCAGUACAGAGAAGGAUUGCUUUAUUUGCAGAGGAAAGAGCAUUAUCAUUCAUUGAGGAAAUAUCACAAUAAUAUGGUAAGCACUUGCCUGGAAAUGUGCAAGGUUUGGAAAAAUUGUUCUUCAGGUGCAGGGGUGGAAGAUAGGAUUCGAAUAUGGAACUCUUUGAAAAGUCAAAAGAAAAUUUCACAAGCAGAUCCUCAGGCCCUUAUUGCAUAUACAAAGCAAGGUGAAGCCUCAAGAAAGGGAAAAUCUGGAAAACCGCCUACACAAACAAACAAAAAGGCUAAACCUUCUCAAUCUCAAGGAUUAACUGACACUGUCUACCCUUCUAAUCAAGGAAAUAUUGUAACCACCACAAAAGCAGAUGGCAAAGGAGUUCUGAAAGUGAAGGCACCCAGUAAGAGUACAUUUCCAUCUGAAAGCAACACUGUAAAGCUAGAGUCCAAGGAUACUCUGAAAUUAGAAAAGCGAACACCAAAGGGUGUUCUAAAAAUAGUUUCAAAGCCUCCAGUAAGGCAUGAACAGGCUCCUUUUCAGGACACGCACGGCUAUGAAGCACAAAUUAGACCAUCACUUCAUUCUCAAGCUAUGUCUGGAUGGGAUGGUGAUAGUUAUGUUGGAGAGACUUCUUUUGGUCUAUCUAAGAGUAAAGAUAGGAAAAGAAAGAAUGAUUUUGAAUCAGAGUCUGCGGUAGCACAACAGCCUUUUGAUUACUACAGUAAUGCAGGGACGGGGAAAAAUGUGUCAGGAUAUGACAAAAAGAUGAAGAAAGUUAAGGAACAACCUAUACAUAAUAAUAUCAGUACACAAAUGCCUGUUUGGUACGGGCAUGAUGCCCGGAAUUUUGAGGAAGAUGACAAUCUUACAGGUGGAAAGAGAUUCAUGAAAGAUUUGACAGAUAAUAGGAGAUACAUGCAGGAGGGGAGCAUGCUAAAUGAAGAUAUUCCAUAUACAGAACAACGCUGGAGACAUAUGGAUAAACAAAAUAGGGAGUAUCAGAGAAGCCCCGUAGGACACUAUGCUGAUGUAGGAGAUUGGAAGACUCCAAAUUAUCAUCAGCCGUUUCCAUUUGAGCGGCAAAUGAAUUAUACCAAUAGAGAGCUAGAUCUUGAAGGUCCGGGAAAUUUUCAUGGGGAGCAAAAUCUUAUCCCCAAAACUAUGGAAAGAUCUAAGAAAAAGCGUAAGGAGGUAAGACAAUCUUUUGAAGAUCCAUUCAGACUUAAUGAACAAAACUUUGCCGAAGACCAUAGGGAUAAACACGACUAUCUAAAGGAGCAGUCAAAUUUUGUAGGGAACAGGAGACAGCUACUAGAUGCUGGUGGGUUAUUGGAUGACACAAAAUGGUCUGAUCAAAGUAGAUUUAUGAAUGAACAAAAAAGAAGGAAAAAGAGUCAAAUAGGUGAUUCCAGUCUUGAUUUAGAAAGGAAUUUUGAAGAACCACUGGCCUUUGAAGGCACGCAACAUUCAAAAAAGACUAAAAGAAAAAAGGACCAGGGAAAAGGUGAAUCAACAGAUUUCUUCGUGCCCCACCAGCCGGUGAGAGCUGAAUAUGAUGUGAAAGCUGUUGAUGGCCAGAAUAAGGUUGGGCCAGUGAAAAUCAAAUUUAAGAAUAGGAAGGACGAUGCUAAAAUUCCUCAUUUUUUGACAGAGGGAAAUGGGCCUCAAGAUCAUGUCCAGUCUAGUUUGUAUUCAGAGGAGGAUGUAGAGAGAAGAGCAUAGAAAGAGGAUAUCCGACAUAAAUCCAUUUUAUCAGAUGAUGUCUACCAGGCAGUCUCAUAAAAUGCUAUCCUGCCAAAGUUGAAAAUUUCUAGCUUUCAUUCGGAUGCUAGCAUCAGCUUAUGAUUUCUAGGAAUUUAUUGAGCUUAUUUCUUUCUAUGGCAUGAAUUACAUUAUAACCUGCAAUGCCAAUUUCCUAUUGUAAUUCUACCAUGGUGCCAAAAGCAGAUCGAAAUAUAUAAUUCUUUGCUUGUCCCUUAUUUUCAACAAGAGGAGGAAAGUCACUAGAGAGGAGAUUAUGCUCAAUGGGGCUCAGUCCCUGGGUUUAAUGUUUUAACUUCUAUGAUUGAAAUGUGAAAUCAUCAUUUAUUCUA